GUCCUCCUUGCAAACAAAAGAUUAAUGAUGAAAAUUGUUGUAGCUUAUUUUAUUUUAUUCUUGCAGAUUAGCAUUUAAAGAUGGUGCAAUAUAAUUUCAAGAAGAUUACUGUGGUACCCAAUGGGAAGGACUUCAUUGACAUUAUUCUCUCUCGCACACAACGGCAAACGCCAACUGUUGUCCACAAAGGUUAUGCGAUUUCACGCCUCAGGCAAUUUUACAUGCGUAAAGUGAAAUACACUCAGCAGAAUUUUCACGAGAAGCUUUCAACCAUAAUUGAUGAGUUCCCUCGAUUAGAUGAUAUCCAUCCGUUCUAUGGUGAUCUUCUUCAUGUUCUUUACAACAAGGACCACUAUAAACUUGCUCUUGGCCAGAUAAAUACAGCAAGGAACCUUAUUGGUAAGAUUGCUAAAGAUUAUGUGAAGCUGUUGAAGUAUGGUGACUCUCUUUACAGAUGCAAGUCUCUGAAGGUAGCGGCUUUAGGACGCAUGUGUACAGUGAUAAAGAGGAUUAGCCCAAGUUUGGCCUACUUAGAGCAGAUUAGACAACACAUGGCAAGGCUGCCUUCUAUUGACCCUAAUACUCGGACAAUCUUAAUUUGUGGGUAUCCUAAUGUUGGCAAGAGCUCAUUUAUGAACAAAAUCACUAGAGCUGAUGUGGAUGUCCAGCCUUAUGCCUUCACCACAAAGUCACUCUUUGUUGGUCACACUGAUUACAAGUACCUUAGAUACCAGGUGAUUGAUACGCCUGGGAUCUUAGACAGGCCAUUUGAAGAUCGUAAUAUUAUUGAAAUGUGCAGUAUCACAGCACUGGCACACUUGAGAGCUGCAGUGUUAUUCUUCUUGGACAUCUCAGGAUCAUGUGGGUACAGCAUUGCACAACAGGCAGCUCUUUUCCACAGCAUUAAAUCACUAUUUAUGAAUAAACCAUUGAUUAUUGUCUGCAACAAGACAGAUUUGCAGCCACUGGAUGGGUUAUCUGAGGAAGAUACGAAGUUGGUUACGGAGAUGAAAGCAGAAGCCUUGAAGACUGUGAUGGGUCAGGGUGGCGAACCCACAAAUGAAGAAGGGGUGCUGUUGACUAUGAGCACUUUGACUGAGGAUGGAGUAAUUGCCGUGAAGAAUGCAGCUUGUGAGAGGUUGUUGGAUCAGAGAGUAGAAUUGAAGAUGAAAUCUAAAAAGAUAAAUGACUGCCUAAAUAGGUUUCAUGUUGCAAUACCAAAGCCACGCGACCAGAAGGAAAGGCCUCCUUGUAUUCCUCAGGCAGUUUUGGAAGCUAAAGCUAAGCAAGCAGCAGAGAAGGAAAAGAAGAAAACAGAAAAGGAUUUGGAGAAUGAGAAUGGUGGGGCUGGAGUCUACUCUGCUAGUUUGAGGAAGAAUUAUAUCUUGGCCAAUGAUGAGUGGAAAGAAGAUAUAAUGCCUGAAAUUCUUGAUGGACACAAUGUGUAUGACUUUGUUGAUCCUGAUAUUUUAUUAAGACUUGAAGAGUUGGAACAAGAAGAGGGCCUUAGACAAGCAGAGGAAGGAGAUGAAGAUUUUGAGAUGGAUGGCAUUGAUUUGACUCCAGAAGAGCAAAAAGCACUAGCUGAGAUUAGGAAGAAGAAAAGCUUGCUUAUUCAACAGCAUAGGAUUAAGAAGAGCACUGCAGAGAGUAGGCCCAUUAUACCAAGAAAAUUUGACAAGGACAGGGAGUUCACAACAGAGAGGAUGGGCAGGCAGUUAUCCCAACUGGGGCUGGAUCCUUCUCUAGCAGUUGAUCGUGCACGGAGCAAAUCAAGAGGCAGGAAAAGGGAGAGGUCACUUGACAGGAGAGAUAGUGAUGGUGAGGCUAUGGAUAUGGAUAUUGACCAACCAAGCAAAAAGCUACGCUUACGGUCCAGAUCCCAAUCAAGAUCAAAGUCACGGCCUCCAAGUGAAGUUGUCCCAGGUGAGGGAUUCAAGGAUUCCAAACAAAAGGUCAAGGCAAUCAAACUGGGUAAGAAAUCUGUUAGGAAGAGGAACAAGGAUGCUCGAAGGGGAGAGGCAGAUAGGGUGAUCCCUACAUUGAAACCCAAGCAUUUGUUCUCUGGGAAGCGUUCUAUUGGAAAGACGCAAAGACGUUAAUGCACUUGAGGUAUCCCUUGAUCCUCAUUGUCAGGUUUCACGUUGGGAGUCAGAUGCAAUCUUUAUAUUCUGGUUACUUAUUCUUCAUUUUUCGAUGUGUUGAGUUAGAUCGAACUCAUUUGCAAACUUUGCCAAAGUUGGGACUUCUUUUAUGUAUUCAGUAACAGGAAAUGUUAGACCGUUGAUUGUUUGUCUUUUUUACAAUUUAUCAAUGUCAUUUGCGGUUCUUUCCGGGAUUAAUUAUUAUAUGAUGUUUCAUUUUGAAAAAUAAGGGAUGAUUGUUUGU